AUGAGUAUUUUUAAGUUGCAAGCGAGGGGUAUUGAAAAUGUUGGAUUUUUAGCACAAGAUCUUUACAAUGAUAAAAGAGAUAGAAAGAAUGUAGUACAUGGUCAUGACGCGAACAUGUUGUAUGAGCAUUUCGAGAUGGAACAACAGAAGAAUCCGAGCUUUAGGUUCACAUUCGAGAGAGAUGACAAUGAUAGAAUAACUCAUUAUUUUUGGGCGGAUGCGACCUCUAGAAAGUCAUAUCAAUAUUUUGGGGACGUGGUAGUUUUUGAUACUACAUACUAUACAAACAAAUAUUCCUUGAUAUUUGCACCUAUAUUGGGGGUCAACCACCACAGGCAGACAACAUUUCUUGGGUAUGCAUUCUUGAGUGAUGAAAAAAUUGAUUCGUUUGUGUGGCUCUUCCAUGAAUGGUUAAAAGCGAUGCCAGGUGGACCAUCCAAAAUGAUCAUAACUGAUCAAGAUCCGGCGAUGACAAGAGCAAUUACUUCUGCUCUUCCAAAUACAUUUCAUCGAUAUUGUAUUUGGCACAUUGUGAGCAAAUUUUCUGAAAAAUUGGAUGCACUGUCAUAUAAGGAACAUUAUGAUGAGUUGAAAAAUUGUAUAUGGAAUUCUGAAAUACCUGGAGAGUUCGAUGCAAGAUGGGCAACUAUUGUAAGAAACUCUAAGUUGUCUAGUAAUAAAUGGUUGCAAGACAUGUAUGAAAUUCGUGAUAGAUGGAGAGAAGAAAUAGAAGGUGUGAGAAUUCGUGAGAUUUCGGUGGACAAGUCAUCGAACCGUGUCAGUUGUAGCUGUAAGAUAUUUGAAUUCGAUCAAAUUCCUUGUCGGCACCUGUUGGCGUACCUGUUUAGAAUGCAAAUUAGGGAACUCCCUACUGAAUACAUCUUGCAGAGGUGGACAAAGACAGCAAAAAUGGGUAGGUUGAUGGAUGACUGA